UCUAGAUGGCCAAACCUGGGGAUACAGUAGACUGGCAGGAUGGCAAAUCACUCUCAGAAUGCAUGAUAUAUAUGUUAGAGAAGGAAAUGAUGUGUGACGUCACUUUCCGUGUUGGAACAGAUCAAAGUAUUAUCAAAGCGCACAAGUACAUUUUGGCUAGUCGGAGUCCAGUUUUCUAUACUAUGUUUGAAGGUUCUUGUCCUGAAAAGGGGGAAGUCAUAGUACCAGAUGUUAAUUCAGCUACAUUUAAAAUUUUGUUAAAAUAUAUUUAUUCAGAUGUACUUGAUCUGUCUCUUGAAAAUAUUUUCGAAGUACUUUAUGUUGCCGAAAAGUAUAUGUUAUCAACAUUGAAAAAUGAAUGUUCAAGUAUGCUUUCAUCCUCUGUUGAAACAUCAAAUGCUCCAGUGGUCUUAAACGUUGCGACCCAUUUUCACCUCGAGAUUCUCAUACAAAAGAGCCUUCAGUAUAUUCAGAAAAACGCAGUUCAAUGCUUUUUAUCUCCAAAUGCAAUGAAAAUGUCCAAAACAUGCAUGGAAUCUAUUAUGAGAUUGGAUUCCAUAUCUUGUUCCGAAACUGAUCUUUGCCGAUUUUUUAUAAAGUGGGCAGGUUAUCAAUGUGAGGCAGAGAGGAAAAAAAGGUCUGGUGAAAACAUGCGAGAAAGAGCUGGUUCCUUGUUGUAUCUGGUCAACUUUCCUCUUGUUGAUAAAAAAUAUUUUGCAAACGAGAUAGCUCAUUCUGGCUUGCUAACUUUGGAAGAGAUAGUAAGUGUGUUUUAUUCUCACUAUGGACGGGAGAAUGAUUUUUUUGCAAAGUUCGUUCGAAAACAAUUUUACGGAAAAGAUUACAAGGUUUUACGUCAUAGUUCUAUUCAAUGUGGAUGGUCUCCAUAUAAUGGUAUUAAAUAUGACGCUUUGAAGAUAACAGUGAAUAAAAAUAUCGAGUUGAAAGCUGUUAUCUUAUACGGUCCAUCGGACCAAAUACAUUCCUCUACGAGUGGGAUUAUUGUAAAAAUUCUAAAUAAUGAUGGAAACGAAAUACAUAACAAAAAAUAUGAAACCUGCCCUCAGAGAUAUCAAACGCAUACUAUCUUUUUAUCAGAACCUAUAACAAUAAAUGCGAAUAAAGGCUUCACUCUAAUGGUAGACAGUAUAAAGUGUAAAACAUAUUAUGGGACACAAUGCAAGCCAGAAUGCAAAAUAGAUGAUAUUAUUGUAACAUUUGAGAAUUCAACAUUUUGUGAAACCGAGACAAACAUAGGACAAGGUCAAAUUGCCGGAAUAGAAUUCAAAGCAUAACAUUAAUAUUUCAAAUUAUAUUCUCUUUUCAAAUAUUAACAGUUAAAUAUUCAUAUUUUGUUUUUACUUCAUGGAUUGUCGGAAGCUUUGGGACAAUCGCUAAAAGUUCCGGAAUAAAUACAUUAUUGCCAAAAUAUUCUUUAUAAUGAUUUGCAUAGUAACAAAAAUUAUAAUGUGAUUGGUACCUUAGAAUUAUAUCCUUGAUUUUUGCCACAGAAAGCACGUCGCCUAAACUACCUUUGUUACCUUGGUUAGCACAUUGUCGAUUUUACAGUCAUGUAUUCAUGCGGGGUACACAUAAUUGAAAAGUUUAGAUUUCAUGAAUAAACAAAAAUAUUUGAGUUAAGAUUAAACACAUGUUUCUAAAGCUUAUUGAUUUGUAAAUAGACUAAUAGUGUAUGCUUUUAUAUAUUAACAGUUAGGGUUUUUUUUGGCUUGUGAGAAAGCUGUCUACAUAUUUCAUUGUAUUA